AUCAUCAUCUAUUUCCCUCAUUUUCCCUUUCUAAAUCACUAACUUUGAACAGAAAUGAAGAUCUUCAACUGGGUGCACAGGACUUUUCAUAAUAGCGUUCUCAAGGAGGGGUAUGCCCAAAAUCGGACCAAAAAGGCUGAGACUGCGAUCAAUGAUGUUGAUAGGCAUGCAUUGCUGAAGCAAGUGGACCUUGAUGUGGAAGCCCUUCAUGACUGGAGAGAUGGCAUUCUCACCAUUGGCACAUUAGGGUUCGAAGCAUUGAAGCUCCCGACCGAGCCGAAUGAGUAUUUGGUUAUCGAAAGUGAGGAAGAAGAAGACGACGAAGAAGAGGAAGAAGAAGAGAAAUCUUUCGUCCACGAGGAAGACGAGGACAUCAUUGAUUACUUUGAAGACGAAGAGCUGAACCCUUUGAUGUUGACCGCGUUUCGACACAAAGGGAAGGAUGUAAGCGGCGAGAAAGAGAGAGAUUUGAUCCUUCGGGGUUAUGAGUUCGAAUCGAAAUACAGUAGGAUUAUCGAGAUUGAGAACGAGGACAAGAAGAAAGGAGGCGAGAGGAGAAUCACACUGGCGGAUCUGUUCUUGGCAGAUGCCAGUGAGGUUGGAAUGAGACUGAAGAACGGUGAUCAAAAAGUGAUGCAUAAGAAAACAGCUGAUGUGAGAACUAAGAGUAGCCUCUCGUUUGCCAAGAAGCUUAUCCCUCGUGUUAAGGAGGAUUCACACCCUAUUAAGAAUUUCCAACGAUUGAUGAGAAGGAUGCUGAAGAGGAAGAUCCACCCAGAGAUUGAGGACAAGAUCAACAAAUCAGUUGACCACACUACUCAACAAAUAGGAUCGGCAACCAAUGAAGGAUUCAAAACCUCGGAAUCCCUCUCUCUUCUUCCAACUCAAGAUGCAAUCGCCUGAUGGAUUUAAUUAAUGAUGGGUGUCUUCAAAAUUUAUGUCUCUGAUUCCUUAGAAGUAUGCUUAAUUAUCUUAUGGGUAAUUAAAAAGAAACAAUGUUUAUUGUUGUUACUAUUUUUUAUUUAGGGUCUUGAUGUAUAUGUAGCUUUAAUUAAGACUACUUGAUUCUGUUUCGAGAUAUUAUUUUUGAGUUUAGUAUAUUUGUCGUGGAAGUGUGGUUUGUCAAAGUCAAUUCUUCUUGGG